CCAGCGGAAUUAUAGCGCUGACCGAAGCAGGCGACAAGAUGAAAGAUAUUUACCAGACCUCGAGCUAAGCUGCUCAGCUCUUUUAAAGAAACGCGAGGAAUUAAAGCACACAGGUGCGUCUGUCUUCUGCCAAAGUCUGGAGACGUUUAGGAGAACUGCCUCGUAGAACUGGGUGGUUCAUGAAAGUUGUAUUGCUAUUUUUCAGUUAACUAUUUCGGGCUCGCGACAUGGCUCUAUCCCAGCUUCAGUGCCUGGAUGAUAACCACGUGAACCCGCGGACGCACGAGUCCAAGCCCGAGUUCUUCUACUGUGAGGACCAGCGGCUCGCGCUGGAGGCUCUCCUGCGGGAUGGUCGCGAGGCGUUCUUUAAAUACCUGGAGGCUCGCGGCCUCCGGGGUUUCCUCUCAGACCCGGAGCUGGAAGCUCUCACCGGCGCCGUCGAACCCUAUGACCCGGGCUUGGAGCUGUUCUCGGGGGAUGCCGAAGACGAGCAGACCCCGCUGUCGCUUCACUACUGGCCAGAGCUGUCGGACACGUCCAUCCCGCAGAUGGACCUGGGCUGGCCCGACAGCGAUGCGUACCGGGGGGUGACGCGCACUACGGUGUACACGCAGCCGCCGCUGGAUGGUCACGCUCACAUCAAAGAGGUUGUCAGAAAAAUGAUCGCACAGGCGCAAAAGGUAAUCGCAGUGGUGAUGGACGUCUUCACUGACGUCGACAUCUUCAGAGAUUUGCUUGAUGCUGGUUUCAAAAGGAGAGUUUCUGUUUACAUCCUGCUGGAACGCGCAACGCUACCUCAUUUCUUGGCCAUGUGUCGGAGGGCCAACAUGCACGCCGGACACCUCAAGCACCUUCGUGUCCGCUGCUCAGAAGGAACGGAGUUCUACACGAGGUCCUGCACCAAGGUCAGAGGGCGAAUGGGUCACAGAUUCAUGUUCGUUGAUGGAGUAAAAGCUGUGUCUGGGUCGUACAGUUUCACUUGGAUGGCCUCGCGUCUGGAUAGGAAUCUCAUCACCGUGGUUACAGGCCAGGCUGUGGAUGGCUUCGACCGACUGUUUCGCUUCCUCUAUCUGUCCUCCAGUUCUGUUGACCUCCGGCAGACCAUCACAGAGCCUGAACCUGAGCCGGAACCCCUCCCACAGCCCGCCCCUGUCAUACCCCCUUCUGCUGACAUUGCGAGGAAGUUGUACAACCCAAAAUAUGCCCUGGUUGCUUUGACCAACCCCGGCCCCACCACCUCUGUUAACCAAGAAAGCCCCAAAGAACCCCAAAAUCCAGAGAACUCCAAGAAGAAGAGGCGAGGUAAGGCUAGUGAAGAAUCGACAAAAGAAUCUCCUCCUCUCCAUCCUGGAUUAAUAAAUCUAGAAAAAGCAUGCUUAAUUGCAUACCUGCCCACAUGGCCAGAACCUGACCCCCCCAGUGAUGUCAUAGGGUUCAUUAAUGUUCGGGAUGCCAAAAAACCAACUCAAGUCCACUUGCAGCGUUCAGAGAUGUUUGAAACCAGCCAGGCGAUCAGGUUUAGCAGUCCGUUCAGCAGAACAAAGGAAACCAAGGAAGAAGUCGCCAAGCCCACACAGGCGACUCCUAAACAAGGGGAGGUGAAUGCACUCCAACCAGCACAGGCUAAAUCCAUGGUUGAUGAUGCUGUAGAAAAAGCACAGCAAGCACAACUCAGUGAUGUCACACAUAACAAAGAGGCAUCUGAACAGAAAUCACCUGCAUCUGAGGAAAAGUCUGACCUGCAGUCAGAUGCCGCUAAUUCUGUCAGCGCCAAGAAUAAAUUUGAUUUAAGCACAACCACUAACCAAGAGGCAGGCCUUGAUACUCCCCUCGGUGCACAAACAUUUCCCCAAUCCAGCAGCAAAGCACCCGCUUCUGACGAGGGGAAGAUUUCCCACGCAGAACAACCCGUCUCAUCAAACAGUCACGCUGAGACAGGCUCGCUCCCAGAAUUAAACACAGAAAAGGAAGCAGAACCUACAAGUAGAUUGAACACACAAAGUUCUGCUGUGCACAGGACACACACCCCAACACCAAACGGUGCACACACCCCUCAGAUUCCCGACUCCCCAGAAUUAAACACAGAACAAGAUACGAAAGGAAAGACCGCACCACCACAGGUGGAUUCACAAACACGAGCUGUUCACAAGCGACCGCAAAUCUCUAGUGAAGUGGCUUCUAGCAUCCAGACUCCAACUGUCCACAGUAACAUUUCCACCUCCCUGGUUUCUGCCACACAGUCUAAAAAUAACCACAUUCCUAUUACUACAAUGCACUCAAGCACAUCUUCUAGCGCUUCUGUUCCCUCCACCAGCUCCUCUGCCCUUCCUCCUCUUACUUCUUCCGUUACAACACCAAAUCCACCCCUCCUUGCAUCCUCUUCUUUGACCCCAGCUCCCCCUAUCCCUAAACCUCGUACCAUACAGAUAGUUAUGAGUGACAGCAGCACCAGCAAUGGGCAGAAACUGCCAGAGAUCCGUCUUGUUAGGAGGCCCGAGGCCAGCACAGGGCCACUCAUGGCCCACAGUGCGUUUGAUGUGGCAGCUGUUGAGCAGACAUCUCUGGUAAAAGAGUGCCAAACUGUCCCUGAGCUGCAGGACGACAGUGCCAGUAAGGCAGGGGCACAAAAAGACACAGAGAACAGAGGGAAUCCUGAAAAAACUCCAAAGCAAGAAUCUAAAGAGACAAGUGUGGAAGCAGAUGAGCAAGACGAUGACGGAGCAGCACCCCAGACGGUCGCUGGAAGCGAGCUGCACAAGUCAGACGCUUUGAUUAAUGAUGCACCAAAGGCAGCCGCACUGAAAAUUCAAGAAAUCAUUCCAAAAGAUGUUGACCUCGAAACUUCCGAAGAUUGCAGGAUUAUUGGGAAGAUGGAUGCACGCUAUGUAGCCACAGCGCAGGCAGAUACAGCGAGCCCUGAAAGGACUCUGACAGGCUCUGAAUCUGGUGAUGUGUCAGACAAAAAAGGUGAAAAUGUGACACAGUGCAGAACAUUUCUCGCAAGAGUACAUGAACCCCAGAGGAUAUCAUUUUCUAAACCACAGGACAUGGAUCAGAUGGAGGCUCUGAAUUCUUCGACAGCGCCAGUGUUCUCGACCUCAUAUCUGCGACCUCAUAACGGCGAUGGCGCACAAACAUCUGCUGCAGACACCCACAAUCAGCAAGGUGAACAAGUAAGACUCACACAUGUAGACAAUGAGGUUAAUAUGCGAAAUACUGCAAAUCACAACACGCACAGCACCUUUCAAGAACAAACUUCUACAGGACGUGUUGGCACACACACGCCCGAAAAAGCCCUGCGUUUACACCUCACCGAAACACACCUGCCGGACUUCCGUUCACAAACACCUGUGCACCGAUCACAGUCGCUUAAAGCACACACUCCCACUCCUGAUGGAUUUUCUCCACGCACGCCAGCCUUGGAUUCUCUAUCGCCAGACAUUUUUGAUGGUUAUAUCUCCUCACGAGAGGACUCCACUCUCUCCACCACCUCUGAAGAGUAUUAUGAAUGUAGCGACUCGCUUUUUAACGAGCCUGUUUUUGACCACAUGGCUUCUCGUGGCCAGGGGAUGAUAGAGGAUCACAUUAAUUUCGCACACACAAAUAGUCUAAAUUCUCCCGCCACUGGCACCGGUCCUGCACACAUAAAUUACAGCUCAAGUGAUGCUACAUUAGGUACGGCACACAGUGAAACACAGACUUUGACUGGGGCCGCUAAAGUCCCCAGUUCUUCUUUACUUGGAAAAAAAGUGGAAACUAGGGAGGUAGAGAACAAGGCAAGUGAAGAAGAAGCAAGUGAAGAGGACGAACAUGGGAGGAAACUGAGUGUGGCCGAGAGGAGGGAAGAGCAAGAAUCCCAGGGGACAGAGAUGAGAGGCAGUGAGGAUACUAAUAGAAUAAUGGAGCAAAUUAAACGAGGCAAAGAUUCAACUGAAACAGGAGGAAAAGACAAAGAGGUCCAAACGCCUACGAGAAAGGUGGCAAGGAGCCAGUCAGCUGCAGACAGACUGGUGGAUGGAGGAAUGACUGCAGGGGGGUCAAGUAAAGAGAGAUCAAAGCCAAAGCGAUCGUCCGCUGGUGACAUUAAAUCAACAGAGGGAGGGAGACCAGACAGAGAGGGGAGGGAGAACACUUCAAACCAGGUCGAAAUAAGACCCAGGGGUACAGAGAGGAGAGCGAGCCCCCAGUCAAAGAGGCAGACAGAGGGACAGAAGCUUUCACACUCUUCUCCCAAACCUCAAAAAAAGAGGGUCCAACGUAGUCCGAAUUACUUUGAUAAUAUGUCAUCUCUUCACAAAACGUCAACCAGACCACCGCAACCACUGGCGACGGGUACUGUGGGAUCUACAGCCGGACGGAAACAGGUCUCCCAAAGCCAGCAGAGCCAGAAUCCAGCAGCACAGAACCAAACUCCUUACCCAAACUCCUUACUCCAUAUGAACCCACAGAUCCAGCUCAGUACUCUGUCUCACAACCAGACAGCAUCCGGACCGGAAGUGCAGGACGGGAGGACUCCAUUUAACUUGAGUUUCAGCCGGCUGUACAACCUUAAGGGGAUGAAUGGCAAAGUGAACAAGACUCCAGCACACAGUAAAAGAGGCAGCGUGGCCCCUCCAGCACAGGAGAGUAAAACCACCAGCUAACAUGGUCACUGGUCAUCACGUCUUUUUAAUGUUACUGCGUCAGGCGAAAUCACCACUGGGCCAAUGUUUAUAUACCAAAACAUGUUGUUACCUCUUUCUUGACUCCUCGUGUUGUAUGACUAAUUUUUCAUGUCUGCAUUUAAACACGUGGAGAUUUAUUUUUCAUAUUUAAAUCCAGCUGCCUGCCAAGUUUACAGCGAGCUUUCUUCCCCGGGAGGUCAUGACUUCAGGUGCAAUAAAAAGACUGGACCAGAGUUUGGAUACAUUUUUAAUAACUCGGAUAAGGAAACUGAAAUAGUGUGUUUUCAUUCUCCAACCUCGGGCGUCAGUGAAAAACGGAAAACAAACAAAACAAAAACUCUUACAUUAAUCAGCUCUUUGACUUACUGUAUUUAAACAUGCUGCACAUAUACAGUGGAUAAAGCGAAAAGAAAAACAAUAUAUUAUUGGCAUUACUGGAUGACUCCCAUAUGUUUUUGUGGAUUGACGUACGGCUUUAAUAUCGUAUUUUCUAUUUUUUUUUUUUAAUUUUUGCUGUUUGAUUAAUGGGGAUUGAUAAAAAAGUACGUUAAUAGUGUUUAAAACUGGUCCCAUCACAUUUUUCUUUUUAUUAAAAUGUACACACCUAACUGCAUUUACAUAGGACUAUAUUAUAUACUAUAUUAAAGCACAGGCUGCCUCGUUCCGGCUGUUAUCUAACAUUACUUUACAUUUAAUAAAGAAAACGUUCAGCAUUUUGUGACUUUUUUUUUUACAGCAAUCUGGAGCAUUUGUCCUGAAUUUGUAAUAUAUUUUUUCUCCUCUGUAUAUCUGUACAUUCAAAAAGGGGGUGCAUGUUAAAAAAAUGAAAACAGAAUUGUAAUUUUAUUUAGGUCACUUGGUAUUGUUACACUGAAGGGCUAAAGAGCAGUUUUCUUUUUUCACAUCAAAUGUAUUUUUUUAGAUUCUUAAUAUUUUUGUCCUGGAAGUGACCGUGCCAACAGACUUGCUACCUCUGAAGACAGAUAAAGAUGUUCUGAAGAAUUGCUGCAGGAAUGCACCAGAUAGUGCACAGGUUUUUCCAAAUGAGAGUGGAAAUGUGCAGGGUGACCAAGAUGCUAAAAAUCACAAAUAUCAUAUGUCGUUUGAUGGUAAAAAUAAAUAAAUAAAAUAAAUAAAGAAGCAUCUUCUGUCUGCAAUGUUAUAGUUAAUGGACAAUGCAUUUUUAAUGAAUGUGCAGCAUGUUUAUGCCUUUGCCAAAGAUUUUGUAUUUAACUGUUAAGUGCCCACAUUGCUGUGUUUGUAGUGGAUUUAGAUAGAUUUAAGAUGAAUUCAGCUCUUUUGAAUCCACUGCAGACAGGUAGACAUCUGCAAGCAUGACUUCAGAGCUCACUUCAUGUGAGCUUACACAUAUGGUCAUGAGCUGUCACCACAUUUCUGACUUUAAAUUAGAUUCAGAUUUGCAGCAAGGGUUGAAUUAU